UUACUAUUUGCAUUUUCCACCACACUGCAGUAAUAUGUAUCUCGCCUAUAUAUUAUCGAUUUAUAUUUGAACUAAAUUUCUGCGUUCAGAGAUGACCUUAAUGUAACUGGAAAAUCAUCUUUUUAUCGUCUUCUUUUCGUAUUUUUUCGAAUAUGUGUUUAACGAAAUCAAUAUCCACGAUAAGGUGAUAACAGUUCCAUAUGUGAUUAGAUGGUACGCGAAGUUAUAUCGUCCAGUAUUGCGAGUGAAAAAAGUUCGUUGUAUGAAUCGAAUGCAAAAUUGAAUGCAUACUCUAAAAAAGAAAGUAAUACAAUUAGUCGAAACGUUUAGUUGACUGUUUUUGCUUAUCCAUGUACUGUUUAUUUCACGAAAAUGAUAUCGUGGGGACGGUUUAAGUAUGCUCUAUAUACUUAUCGCCGCAACAAAAUAUAACGAACACGACGAACGAUGACGAGUGAAGACCUACUGCAACCUGGACACGUUGUCAAAGAACGAUGGAAAGUUCAAAAGAAAAUCGGCGGCGGUGGUUUCGGCGAAAUCUACGAAGUUCUAGACGUGGUAACCAAAGAGCUUGUUGCCCUAAAAGUGGAAUCAUCGCGGCAACCGAAACAAGUUCUGAAAAUGGAAGUUGCCGUUUUGAAGAAACUACAAGGACACGAGCACGUUUGUCGUUUCAUUGGCUGUGGACGUAAUGAUCGUUUUAAUUACGUAGUUAUGCAACUUCAGGGCAAAAAUCUUGCCGAGUUACGAAGAUCUCAACCCAAAGGAGCAUUCUCACUGUCGACAACGUUAAGGCUAGGUUUGCAGAUACUAAAAGCAAUCGAAAGUAUUCACGGAGUCGGAUUUCUGCAUAGGGAUAUUAAACCUUCGAAUUUCUCAAUGGGCAGGUUGCCCACCAAUUGCCGCACCGUUUAUAUGUUAGAUUUUGGCUUGGCUCGUCAGUACACGACGCAAACCGGAGACGUUAGAACGCCUCGUUCGGCAGCUGGCUUUCGUGGUACCGUCCGGUACGCUUCUUUGAACGCCCAUAAGAAUAAAGAAAUGGGCCGUCACGAUGACUUGUGGUCUCUGUUUUAUAUGCUAGUCGAAUUUGUAAAUGGUCAGUUACCGUGGAGAAAAAUAAAAGAUAAGGAACAAGUAGGAAUAAUGAAAGAAAAAUACGAUCAUAGAUUGCUUCUGAAGCAUUUACCGUCGGAUUUGAAACAAUUCUUAGAACACAUACAGAGUUUAGAGUACGCCGAUAAGCCCGAUUACGAUAUGUUAGCCGGAAUACUGGAUAAAUGUUUGAAACGUCGCGGAGUCAAAGAUUCGGACGCGUUUGAUUGGGAGAAGACGUCGUUGGUACCGGAGAACAUGCAUCAUAAUCCGAAAAUUACGUACGCUGUAAAUAACACUUCGGCGGCGAUAAUGACGCGUCCGGUGACCACAACGUCGUUAGGAGCCGAACCCAACGUACAACUAAUUACGUCGGUUUUCGACAACGACCAAGAGAACAUCGAACCGGAUAACGAGAAAGAGUUGGAAGAAAAGUACGGCGACUUGAUUCGAACGCUAUCGAAUCGCAAAAUGUUGAACGCUGGUCAAAAAAGUAACAAAAACGCGGAACUCGAAGUAGCCGCCAAAUGUGAUACGCCAGUAAACAAUGUAUCCCGGUCGAGCGGCAGAAAGAGCAUGGAAAGGCGAACGGUAUCGAUGCCCGGUCUCGAGCAAAAGGUGAUGGAUAAUUCGCAAUUCUCGUUACAGCCUGGCGAAACGGUAGCCAGUACGACCCAAGAUGUCGAACCAGAAACCGCAGUCGUUUCGUCUGUCCAUCAUUCGGAUACACCUAACGCUCGGGUACAGUUCACCAAUCAUCAUAAACAUCCGCCCAAGACGUCCGGCAGUAACGAUCCGGCCGCGUUACGAUCAUCGCACGCUGCUAUCAAAGAACAUCGCAUGCGUAGGCAACACACGCCGACAUCUAAUUAUCUAAUACCGAGAACGUCGAGCACGGUAGACGCAUCCUAUACGCAGUUCGCCGUCAUGGAGGAUGAUAACAUAUCCGCUAUGCAGCAGGUGACUCGCGGAGGCGGCGGAGGACUCACGCUAGCUUCGCAGUGGAAAUCGCAAUUCGACGAUUCCGAAGAAACCGAUAACGAAUGGAAGGCCGAAAACAACGCUCAAAGUCCAGAUCAUAAACAACUUUCUCAGCAGGUAUUAUCUUUAUCGAACGCGUUCGCUGCUCUACGCUCGAACGCCGAAUCGAACGAUGACGGAGAGGCUAAAAUACAAAUCGAAAUCAAAGAAGACAGUCCGACCAAAAGCUCAAACUGCGAAACAAACUCGGUUCGGUUACAAAAGGCCAAUAAACUGGUCAAAGAAAAGCAACAACAAAAAACCACCACCGUCAAGAAAGACGAUGGAGCGAUAAAACGCGACGCCGAAUUAGUCCUUCCUCGAGCGUGGAGCUUGCCUCAAGUUAAUUCGAAAAUAAGACUGAAUUUAACACCUCCAUUUCUGCAGCACGCCGUCGUCGACGGUAUUUUAUAUCAAAUAGACGUGAUGCGUAACGUAGCCACUAAAAAGCAACUCAGCGACGUAAGUUCGGAUAUCGCCCCACGCAGAUCUAGUUUACCGGUAUCGUUAUCGUUGAACGGAGUCGAGCAACAAGAACCAACCAAACGAAUUUCUUUCCAGAAAGAUGAAUCGUCUUCCAAAGAGAAACGCCGGCAAUCCGAACCGCCGGCCGACGAUAACGACGAAUGCGUAUUGGAACCGGUAUCCGGCAAGCUGGAAAUACGCGUCAGCGAUAAAUUCACCGGACAAGCGACCCGUAAUUCUAUAUGUUCUUCUUCGGAUAAAAUUUUCAAUAAAUCUUCCGUCCAGUUCAACGAGAAUAAAAACGAUAACAGCAAGGCGUACCUGAUCCGGCAGUUCUUAUCGAACGAGUCUUUGAACGAUGAAACCAAAGAGUAUAUUAAGAAUAAGAAACUGAUGCAGCAGCAGCAGCAACAGUUUUCGAAAAUUAGCAAAAUACCCAUACCCGUCGCUCCGCCUAAACCUUCGUAUCUGAACGAAACUCAUCCUACUAAACCCAUCGAAAGCGAACCACCUAUCGUAAAUUCGGCGAAUAUUACCAGCGUUAAAAACGCUUCGAUCGACGAAACAUCGGCGUCCAAAUCAAAAAACUCUAUCGAGGCUCGUCCUAAAUAUAAGAAUCUAUCCGCUAGCCAAGUCAACGAUAUGUAUACGCCGGCGUUACGCAGACAUAGAAAAAAUCAAGAUAAAUAUGUAACCGAUCCGUCGCAAUUGCAAUUACGUUUUCAUCGGCCGACCUCUCGCAAAUCGUGGUCUUCGGCUCAUCUGAGCAGCAACGAUAAUUCCGAAGAUACGAACGUUCGAGGCGUACCGAUUCACAUGCUGUAUCCCCAAAAAGCCGUCAAAAUCGCCGACGAUCUUAGCAACGGCGAUGAAUUAAAUUCGGCUUUGUAUCACUCGCCGUGCGCACCGCCUGCGGACACCAAAUUGUCUCCGGAAAAUAGCGCCAGGUGUCGUAGAUUUUUGCCAAUUCUACAAACUAAAUCACCAGUAGCUGAUUCUUAAUUUAUAAGGUAUUUUUUUUCUUUCUUUUUUUUUCUUUUUUUUUCUCAAAUUCUCAUAUUUAGCUUGCAUUUUAUUUUCUUAUAUUGUGAUCGUAGCUUUUUUUAAAUCUAAUUAUAUUUUCGCUUUGUUUUGUGUUUUCGUAUAAAUGUAUCGAGUUGACAGGUUAACGACGUGAAAAAAAAACGUUUCUGUUUCUUUUCAUCAUUUUUUUCUUUUCUCUUCAGGAAAGCAAAUUUUUACGAAAUUGUAUUUCGAGCAGCAGUUGUAGUAUUAAGUAUAUUCUAGAAUUGAUAAGUAACAAAAUGUCACAUGACUGAUAAUUUAAUUGCAUUUAAGGGUUUUUUUUUUCUUUCUCGUUCCUAGAAGUAUAUUACGAUGAUAAAAGUAUAUAUUAUUUUGAUAUACCAGUUUGAUCGGAUUUUUUUGUUUUUUUUUCUUUCAUUAUUUUGAAGCACCGUUCGAAUUUUUUGUUUUGUUUUUAUUAUUUUUUUUUGUUUUUUGUGAAAAUGAUUGUCAAAAUUUCCUAUAUUUUGUGUUUUGCCUAAAUAGUGUUUUUUUUCGUUUUUUUGUUCUUUUGUGUGGAUCGAAUAUUGAACUUUUUACUUUUUUUUUCCUUCUUCUUAUACCUAAUUAUAUUUAAAAAAACGUUAAUUUUCAACGUAAUACGAAUUGAAAAUUGUUAUCAUGAUUAGAGUAAUCUCCCCGUUAUCGCAAUUAAUGCCGAAAAACGCGUUAUUGUAAUUUUACUGAUUGUAUCUGUUACCAUACUGUCAGUUGUAAUGCUUUAAAAAAUACGAAUUUUUUAUUUAUAUAUCGAAAGUUAUUAUUUGAAAAGAAAAGCGUUGAUUUUAAACAAAAGAUAUAUGUAUAUGUAUUUUACUACUUAUCCUAUCAGCUUGUACUUAAUAAAAUUCAGUUUGAAUUUUACUAA